UGACGUACCCCCUUGCACUUUUACAACACGUGGGGUUAGAUGGACGACUUGUCUUGCGUCCUCGAUUAGUAGCAGUUUUAUAUUUUUUAAGCGCCUUUAAAACUAUAUAAACAUCACUAAAGAGAAGUGCAUUUUGUGUACGGCGCGUGUUGUCUUGUUAGUUAGUUGAUGUGUUUGGGGAAAUAAAGCUAGGCGGUGUGAUCUGCAGUGAGGAGCAGAACCAUGUUGUCGGAUUUUGAUCUGAUCGGAACCAUUAACGACGACGCAGAUGUACCAGAAGAAGAGGAAUCGGGCUCAGAGGAUGAGGAGCAGCCCAUAGUGUUGAGUAAGGAGAAGAGGGCGAUGAAAGGACGAGGCAAUGGCGACUUCAACGCAGACUUUGAGUUCGGGGAGAGAGAUGGACUGUACCGCGAGGACUGGGCCAUGGCUGAUGUUAUGAGCCAACUUAAAAAGAGAAAAGCGCCCACAACGCUGGAUGAGAAGAUAGAGAAAGUGCGUAAGAAGCGCAAAAUGGAGGAGAAAGCUCAGAAAGGGGGCAACAAAAGUGAUACUACAGUCACCAAGGAAGAGGAGGAGGAGGAUGAUGCUGAAGAUGAUGAUGCUGAAGCUGACGAUGAUGGUGAUGGUGAUGAGGACAGCGGAGGUGAAGAUGGUGAGGAUCAGACUGUUGAAGAUGAAGACGAAGAUGAGUUUAAUUCUGGGGAUGAAGAAGUUCUUAAAAAAGCAGAUACACUUAGAGAAAAAGGCAAGAAAGGAAAAAAGAAAGCAGUAGAAGAGCCUGAAGCCUUCUUUGAAGAUGCCUCGCAGUACGAUGAAAACCUAACAUUCCAGGACAUGAAUCUGUCGAGACCACUGCUGAAGGCCAUCACCACUAUGGGCUUCAAGCAGCCCACUCCCAUCCAGAAGGCGUGCGUUCCUGUGGGUUUACUGGGGAAGGAUGUCUGUGCUUGUGCUGCUACUGGAACUGGUAAGACUGCAGCAUUCAUGUUGCCUGUACUGGAGCGUCUCCUUUAUAAGCCGAGAGAAACGCAGGUAACUCGUGUACUUGUGCUCGUGCCCACCAGAGAGCUGGGUAUCCAAGUGCACUCUGUAGCACGUCAGCUCGCCCAGUUCACCAGCAUCACCACCUGCUUGGCUGUGGGCGGCUUGGACCUGAAGUCUCAAGAGGCGGCGCUGAGGCUGGGGCCUGACGUCCUGAUUGCUACGCCUGGCCGCUUGAUAGAUCACUUACACAACACUCCAUCUUUUGAGCUUAGUCAAAUCGAGGUGCUUAUUCUGGAUGAGGCUGACAGGAUGUUGGAUGAAUAUUUUGAAGAGCAGAUGAAGGAGAUCAUCCGGAUGUGCUCUUAUCAGAGACAGACUAUGCUCUUCUCUGCAACCAUGAGUGAAGAGGUAAAGGAUCUGGCCUCGGUGUCACUCAAGCAGCCAGUGAGAAUCUUUGUGAACAGUAACACAGACGUGGCUCCAUACCUCAGACAAGAAUUUGUCAGGAUUCGACCAGCCAGAGAAGGAGACAGAGAGGCUAUAGUUGCAGCGCUGCUCACACGUACUUUUCAGGACCAUGUGAUGUUGUUCACCCAGACCAAGAAACAAGCCCACCGCAUGCACAUCCUCCUUGGCCUGAUGGGGUUAAAGGUUGGAGAGCUGCAUGGUAACCUAUCCCAGACACAAAGAUUAGAGAGUCUCAGGAGAUUUAAAGAUGAGCAGAUUGACAUCCUGGUUGCCACAGAUGUCGCAGCCAGAGGUCUGGAUAUUGAAGGAGUCAAAACAGUUAUAAACUUCACCAUGCCGAACACACUGAAGCAUUAUGUGCACAGAGUGGGCCGCACAGCACGAGCAGGGAAAGUGGGUCGCUCAGUGUCGCUUGUUGGAGAAAGCGAGAGGAAGAUGCUGAAAGAGAUUGUCAGAAAAGCCAAAGCUCCUGUGAAAGCUCGCGUUAUUCCUCAAGAGGUGAUUCUGAAGUUCAGAGAUCUGAUUGAGAAGUUGGAGAAGGAUGUAUAUGCUGUCUUGCGUUUGGAGAGAGAAGAGAAAGAGAUGGUGCAAUCAGAAGCACAGAUUAAUGCAGCGCAGAAGAGGCUAACACAGAAAUCAGAUGAGACACAACCAGCAAGGUCAUGGUUCCAGACCCAUGAGGAGAGGAAGAAGGAGCGAAUGAGCAAAGCACUUCAGGACUUCGACUUGGCCCUAAGGGGGAAGAAGAAGCGUGCUCAGUUCUUAAAAGAGGGCAAGAAGAAAGUGUUGUCGGCUGAAGAAAGAGCUCAGUUUGAAAUACUCAAGUCUCAGAUGUAUGCUGAGCGUUCUGCAAAACGUGACCGCAAGCCUAAGAGAGCCAGAGCAGUGCCAGAAGAUGAGCCCAAAAACACAGCCUCAAAACAAAAAGGUGGAAAACCUACAAAGAAGUCUGUGUUUGACAAGGAACUCACCAAUGUUAACAAGAAAGUCCUGAAGCAGUACAGAUCUGGGCCUUCCUUUGAGGACAGAAAAAGACUAGGCCUUGCCCAUAAGAAAGGAGGGCGCUUUAAAUCCAAAGCCAAGUUUAGGAGGAAGUGAAGCAUCUGACACAAUGAAAAACCAUUUUCUCUCUGGUCCUGUUCGAGCUCUUUCACACCCAUCCAUGGAAAUGUUUCCUUUUUGGGCACAGCAACAACAGGACAAUUUGUAAUUAUCUACAGCAAUAUCAGAUAUAGCUACUUGCUGCUUUGUCAGGGACAUUAUUAGAGCCGAUUCAUAUGAAUGAAAGAAUAAUGGUGGCGUUAUUCAUGCGUUUUUUUGUUGCAUAAGCCAUGUAAAAAUAAAAACUACUUGUGCUUUUAUUAGAUGUGUCUGAUUCCUGAUUGUUGUUCAUUGUUUUUGCAAUGUAUUUUUUCUGAAAUGAGCAAAUAAUUUCUGCACAAAUUAACAAAUAUUCUGU